GCCUGAGCUGCUGCUACCAGAAGUUUUAGCUGAAGAUCAUGAGUUUACCCGACUAUAAAUCGCCUGGAAAACAGUCCUCAGCAGCUGUGCAGUCGAAAUCCCAAGUUGUGCAGCUGAACAUUGGAGGUCAUGUCUUCAGCACCACCCUGGGAACCGUCCGUAAAUUCCCAAACUCCACACUGGCGGGCCUGUUUAACGGAUCAACCAAACGGAUGGACUCUGAGGGCCGUCACUUCGUAGACCGCGAUGGGACUUAUUUCGGGUACAUCCUCGAGUACCUCAGAACGGAGAAACUUCCUACUGAACACCUGCAGGAGGUGCAUAAGGAGGCGCUUUACUACGACAUCAAACCUCUGGUCAAAGCCAUCGAGGAGACGCCGCAGUUCUUCGGAGAGACGGUCGGGAGACAGCAGUUUUUGGCCCGUGUACCGAAUUAUCAAGAAAACCUGGAGGUGAUUGUGCGGGUGGCCAGAGCCGAGGCCAUCGCCUCACGCUACUCCAACAUAAUCGUGUGUGUUGUGAGGACAGAAGAUGAUUUAGCCAGAUACAACCAUGCUAUCGACAGUCUCGGCACCCCGAGAGAGUCCGUGGUGAGCUUUGGUCCGUGGAAAGCUCCUGCAUCAGUGGAAGAUCUGUUAGAUUGCGUCAAAAUGGACAUAGAAGCCAAAGGAUAUAAAGUAAAGAUCCAACCACACAGCAUAGACAAAGGGUUUCUCUUUAAGAGCAACGACUUCUUCUAUAAAUUGAUUUUCACUUGGUGGUGA